GCAGGCAGAGCGGGGCUGUGCCCGCCGCCGGGGAAGCUGGGUGCGGAGACGGCCGAGAUGGUGGAGGACGGCGGCGAGGAGGAGGCGGAGGGGGAGAGCGGGGAGGUGCCGGCGGCGCCGCUGCAGCAGCAGCGCUGCAAUGGCUUCCUGCCUGGCAAGGAGGCGGCGGGCGGCGGGCAGCGAGCGGCCCCGGCGGCCCCGGAGGCCGAGGAGAUGCUGGCGGCGGGCGGCGAGCGGCGGGAGGCGCGGCUGGAGACGCGGCUGUCGCGGCGGCGGCUGGCGGUGCUGGCCGUGUUUAGUUGCUACUCGCUGGUGAACGCCUUCCAGUGGAUCCAGUACAGCAUCCUCAGCAACGUCUUCGCCGGCUUCUACGGCGUCUCCUUCACGCAGAUCGACUGGCUGUCCAUGGUGUACAUGGUGGCCUACGUGCCGCUGAUCCUGCCGGCCACCUGGCUGCUGGAUGCCCGCGGGCUGCGGCUCACGGCGCUGCUGGGCGCGGGGCUCAACGCGCUGGGCGCCUGGCUCAAGUGCGGCAGCCUGGCCCCGCAGCGCUACCCGCUCACGCUGGCCGCCCAGGCCGUGUGCGCCGUGGCCCAGGUCUUCAUCCUGGGGCUGCCCUCCCGCAUCGCCUCCGUCUGGUUCGGCCCCACCGAGGUCUCCACCGCCUGCGCCGUGGCUGUGCUGGGCAACCAGCUUGGUACUGCAAUUGGCUUCCUGCUGCCACCUGUUCUGGUCCCAAAUACACCAAAUGAUAUUGAUCUUAUGGCACACAACAUCAGCAUCAUGUUCUAUGGAACAGCGAUAGUGUCCACACUUCUGUUCUUCUUAGCAGGAGUUGUGUUUGAAGAAAAGCCCAAAUACCCUCCCAGUCACUCUCAAGCAGUCCUGCAAACCAAACCUCCUGAGGAUUACUCCUACAAGCAGUCCAUUAUUAACUUGUUCAGAAAUAUUCCAUUUAUACUUUUGCUAAUCAGUUAUGGUAUAAUGACUGGGGCAUUUUACUCUGUCUCCACAUUAUUAAACCAGAUGAUAGUAACUCAUUAUGAGGGAGAAGAAGUGAACGCUGGGAGAAUUGGCUUGACACUGGUGGUGGCAGGAAUGGUGGGUUCGAUUAUUUGUGGUUUGUGGCUGGAUUACACUAAAACAUACAAGCAAACUACUUUGAUUGUUUACAUUCUCUCUUUCAUUGGGUUGCUGGUAUUUACCUUCACCCUGGACCUCGGAUACCUUAUAGUGGUGUUCGUGACUGGAGGAGUGCUUGGGUUCUUCAUGACUGGCUAUCUUCCACUUGGAUUUGAAUUUGCUGUGGAAAUUACAUAUCCAGAGUCUGAAGGCACUUCCUCAGGUCUCCUUAAUGCAUCAGCACAGAUAUUCGGAAUUAUCUUUACACUUGUUCAAGGAAAGCUCACAACAGACUACAGUCCUCGUGCAGGAAACAUCUUUCUUUGUGCUUGGAUUUUUGUGGGCAUUAUUUUAACAGCCUUAAUAAAAUCAGAUUUGCGAAGACACAAUGUGAAUUCAGGGAUUAUGAACUUGGACGUUAAAGCUGUACCAGUUGACAGUCCUGUAGAACCUGAAAGCACUACAUUAAAGAUUCAGUCAGCUUUAUGAAGCUGAAGGAAGAUGACUCAGAAAUGCACAAGUUUGGUUAGCUAUGGAAUGAUAUGAGCUAGUGUAAUCACUGGAUUUGUGUGUAUGAGUAGUGACAUGUGUUUGUUGAUAUUGGUGGUAGUUGUGUACUGGAAGCUAUGAAGAUGCUCAGUUCAUUUUGCUCAAGAUGCAAAGAAUUCACCUUUGUAUGGAAUAUUUAUUUUAACAUUUUCAAGUCUUGCAGUUUGAUUAGUAAAGAACUGUGUGAACGCUCUCCACAGGAGGGAGAUGUGCAUUCAGGAUGCAUACUUGAAAAAAAUCAGGAGUCUUGAACUACAGUUGUCAUGAUCAGAAGUAUCUAAUCUUCUUUUCUUGUUCAGUCUUGCUGGUGCAUUUGAAAAGUCAAAGUGUAGGUAAAUGAACAGCAGGAAGAUGUUCACAAGUUCAUUUUUUAUUUUAAAUGUAUCUGUAUUUGAAUAUAAGCCAAUGAUUCCUUAUGGAAAAGUGAUAGCACAAUACUGAGAACAAGAGAUGACGUGUGUGUUUCAUACUGGCAUCUGACAUUUCUUUUGCCUUGAAACUUCUUUAUAGCUAUCAAAAGGCAGAUAAGAGAAAACACUGUUUUUGCUAUAGCUUCAUUGUAGCAUUUCUGGGGAGAUUUAAAAGGUUUCUCACUAGAUAAAUUGGAGAAAAAACAUUUCUUAUUAAAUACAGUAAAAAGGAGGACAAAGGCCUUUGAUAUCUCUGUUAUGAAUAUUUAUAAGCAAUGGAACACUACCACACAAGUUUCCUCCACGGAAUAUUUUGAGUGCUUUCUCAUUUAAAGAGAGACGAGUACAUGUUUACAAGGAGCCAGUGCCUUUACUUUGUAAAGAAGAUCCCUGCCUCAUCUUGAGUUUAAUCAGUGCUGCUGAAGAAAUUCCAUUUUGUGUGUUAAACCUCUGAAUAUUUGUGGAGUAUCAGAAAACGUGUUCUGUCCUUUUUAUGAAUUGUAUCACUUGUCUCAUGUGAAAUUCCUGUGCUUGUGUAACUUAAAUCAUGUCUUUUGCAGUUAGUUAAAAGCUGUAAGGAUGACUGAAAAGAAAAUAGGGAUAUUUUCAUUAUUUCUGAUCAAAUAUUUUCUUUUAUACCAUUUUAGCUGCAAAAUGAGCAGACAUUAUUAACAGUAACUUUUUGUUACUUCAUUUAUCUGUAUUUGGGAUGGGGGUUUUUCAGUGCAGUGCUUUUGAAAAUUUUGUCCUUUACCUUGUGCUCUAUCUACACACCCACAGAACUGAUAGCACUACAGUAAUACUAUUGCUGGGAAACUCAGACCUGGGUCAGUGGACUUUUUGGAAAUAUUUCAUUUCUAGCUCAGCAAAGUAAAGUGAGCCUGCAAGUUCAGUGGCAUCAGUGAUGCUGUGUCUCUGAGUUCCCACAGUUGCAGUGCCAUCCAGAAGGUGCAAUCCUGCUCCAAGUUUUCCAUGGGUUGUUACAGUUGGGGAUGGGGAAUUAUUUAACUCUGUGCUGGGAUAGUUAAUUUUCUUCACAGUGGCUGGCAUGGGGCUGUGUUUUGGGUUUGUGCUGAACACAGGGCUGAUAAUACAGAGAUGUUUCAUCCUUGCUGAGCAGGGCUCACACGGAGCCAAGGCCUUUUCUGCUUUUCAUGUGUCAGAAAAGGUGAGGAAGUUGGGAGUGCCUGGGAGGUUGGGAGGAGACACAGCCAGGACAGGUGACCCCAACUGACCAAAGGGAUACUCCAGACCAUGUGAUAUCAUGUGCAGUGUAUACACUGGGGGCAGAAGGAGGAAGGGAGGGAUGUUUGGGGUCAUGGUGUUUUCUUCCCAAACAGCCAUUGCACUUGAUGGGGAUGGCUGAGCACCUGGGAUCCUCCCUGAGCACCUCCCUCAUGCCUGCCCAUGGGAAGCAGUAAAUUAAUUCCUUGUUUUUCUUUGCUUGUGUGUGUGGCUUCUGCUUUCCCUAUUAAGCUGACUUUAUCUCAUCCCAUGAGUUUUCCAGCUUUUACCCUUCUGAUUCCAUCCUCAAUCCCACGGCUGGGGAAGGGAGUGAGCAAGGGGCUGCCUGGGGCUUGGUGGAUGGCUGGGGCUAAACAACAAACUCCAGGAUAGUCUCUAAGUACAAUAAAUAUAAUUAAAAGCUUUUCUUUUUCUUAUUUCACUGUAGAGUCAGGAAAAUCCUUUUGUAUAAAAAGGGCCCUGAAAGCUUAUCUUUCAAAGCUUAGCCUCUAAAUGUGAUGAUCUUGAUUUAAACAUUUUGUAUAAUAAAUGCUUCAGACAGGGCAAGACCUAUCAGAAUAAGCUAAGCAUGCUUGGAACACUUAGCUUGCCAAAAAGGGUUCAUGUCUCUUUGCCAGGUCCAGUGCUAAAGAGAAAAUGGCCAGGCCUUGCUGCUUCUGGGGAGGUGAACUCUAGAAGAGUCCACUACUGAAGUACCUGAAUAUAGGAAAAGUCACUCUUGGCUAUUCAAAUGGCAGGCAAGGGUAUAGGAGUGAAAGGAGAGAUGCUUUCAUUAUGUCACGAAAGACAUAAAUGAAGUGAAAGUAGAGAUGCUUACAUUAUAGCAUCAAAGAGAUGCUUUCAUUAUUCAUUUACAUUGAAGCUGCCCCACCAAGGGAUGUACAGGUUUUCAGCCUGAGGGAGAAAAGUGAAAGUUUCUGCCUUGUGGCAUAUGUGGGUGGCUUUUCCCUUUGGAAAAUGAUAAUAACGUGUGCCAAAAUAUAUAUAUGCUUUUCAUCAAGAUACAGAAAAUAUUUAUGUUCAUGGCCCAUGCAUGGUUACUUUGACUUUUGGUGUUGCAAAAUCUUAACAAGAUAAUAUUUUUCUAGUUUUGGGGAAUUGUUUUCAAAUGUCCAGUAGAAAGUCUUUGCCAGUAUCCAGGAUGGUUGCUGACCUGUUCAGUAUACACUGUUCAAAAGAAAAGAUUGAGUAUUUUUGUUCCAUUCUUAAAAUUUAUUUUUUCAAUUCCUUUCUUCACUGCUAGUUUCCAGUUUCUUUAGUUAUGUUCAGCUGAUUAUUGAAAAAAUAUUCUAGUUCUGGCUCUUUGUAUUUUUUAUCUUCUGCCAAAUUACUUGGCUACCUUCUGAAAAGGUUGAAAGAAGAUUUUGGCUGGCUGGAAACCCUGCUGGGUCCCUGAAAAGAAAAUAUUCCUAAUAAUGAAGGCUUAAUUGCAUCCUGGAUUUAAUAUUUCCCUUCUAAAAGGAGCUUGAAAGUUGGAAACCUAUGAGCUAUUUUCAGGCAAUGAUAAAGUAUUUAAAUGAAAGGCUCAGCAGCAGGAUAAAGAGCAAAUCAGUAUUUUCUAUGCAAUAAUCUUAUCAUCUGUCAAGAAAUUGAGGUUCUAGAUCAUGGCAGAAAUAAAUUUGGAGUAGUUGAGACUUUGUGGUUUUUGCUUUUAAUUUUAAAUUUUUGGGUUUUAGCAGAAAACAUGCACUCAAUCAAACAUAGAAUCCCAGAAUGUUAAGAGGUUGGUAGAGACCCUAAAGACCAUCUGGUCCCAACACACCUGCCAUGGGCAGGGACACCUCCCACUAGACCAGGCUGCUCAAGGCUCUAUCCAACCUGGCCUUGGACACUGCCAGGGUUGGGGUGCUCACAACCUGCCUGGGCAGCCUGUUCCAGUGCCUUACCAUCCUCACAGUAAAAAAUUUAUUCCUGAUACUUAAAUUAAAUUCCCUCUCUUUCUGUUUGUACCCAUUUAUGCUUGUCCUAUCACUACAAUUCCUGGCAGAGUCCCUCCCACUUCCCUGUAGUCUCUCUUCAGAUACUGGAAGGUUGCUAUGAGUUCUCCAUGCAACCUUCUUAGCCUUGAAAUUCCACAUGCAUUUGGAAUUGCAAAUAGGGGUUCUGACUCUUAGCCUUCAGAUCCUGGCUCAGCCCCCCAGCAAGAGUAGAGCUGGGGGCUAAAAAUCCUAGCUGCUAAAAAAAAGUAUCAUGAAUGGAAUUGCACAUCAGCUAGGAGAGAAUGGUGUAGGAAACCAAGUGAGAACAGGCAUCCCAGUCCUGUGCAUCAGCUUUUGCUUUUCAAUUUGCUUUUUUUCUGAGUGUUUCAGGAGAGCUCUGGAGGAUGCAAGAGAGCACACACAGUGGGGAGCAUAAACAAGGGGACUGUCCCCAAGGUCCCAGGAGCCCAGCAGGUUGUGCAAUUGAUAACUUUCAGCUAAUUCAAUUGAUAACUUUCACAAAGUUUGGAGAUUAGCAUUAAUAUUAGUUCUUACCUUAGUGUUUCUUCCCAGCCACGUUAAACUUUUGGUAAUUUCAGUGGAAGAGACUCAGAGAACAUUGACACAUUUUUAUUUAGGAUUCCUGCCAUGGCCUUAAACCCCUUAUUUUAUUGGCUGGGUGUGAAAAUACCAGACCUGUAGGAUGGACUGUGGAAUUGCUGGUAGGUAAGUCCCUCAGAACAAGUAUUUGUAGAUGGGUGCUUGUCUUUAGUAACAUCUCUUUCUGUGUGUAAAUGCCCAUGGCUUAUGAGGAAGAAAGAACAAGGGAAGAAGUAGCAACAAUACAUAUGAAUCAUUUCAGAUUAAUAGUGAUGCCUUGAGAGGCUACCUAGAACAGAGGCUAGACAGUGUAAAAGGAAUAAAGUAGGUAUUUGUUAAAAAGGGCUUCAAAGGAAACACCUUGGGCAGCACAAGAGCCUGGCCAGGGCUACACCCAAGAUGGGUGACGGGUCACAUGUUUUCACACUUUUAUGUUUUGGUCCAUUUACAUUUUGGGGUUAAUUGUCCAAUUACAGCUUCAGGUUAUGAAGUCCCAUCCUCCCAGAUUGCUCUCCUCAGUUAUCUGUUUUGGGCCCAAAGCUGCAAUGGUGUCCUUGGUUCUCAGUCUGGAAAAGGAUUGUUUUGUCAAACUAAACUGUGAAGAGAAUUUGCUAACACUUCAUAUGAACUUCACAGUUACACACUAAUGCAGUACAGAAUCUGGAAAAUAUGAAAGCUAAAACUUAAGGCAUCAAUAAGGCUUUUCUAACUUCAUUCUCUUGGUUAUCUCUUUUGUUCAAGGCAGUCUGUUGUUUCAGAGGCAAUCAGUGGAGUGUGUAAUUAGAGCUGGCAGCCCAUGUUGCCUAAUGAAAAAAAUGUUUUUUAGAGAAAUAUUUGUACUACCUUGUGCAUCUACCACCAAGUGAAAUUUGGUUAAGCUGUAAAUAUUUGUUUUCCUUUUCCAUUUUGUGAACUCACUAGUUUUUCUGUGUGAAUGGGAGUGUGUGACCUUUACAGUUGCUGUCUUUCAAUACAUGUAUGUACCACCUCCUCAAGUGUUACAGGCUAUUGCUGUUUCAUGGAGCACAAGCUGUCAUUGUACACAAUAAUGAGUGAUUGCCCCAGCCCCACCAUUUGGUCUGAAUUCUGUGAAGAGGGAGAAGUGAUGUUAAUGCAGGAACUAGAAUGAAUUAAGCAAAAAAAUUUCCUAAGAGAAAUGUAUUUCUGUGUAAGACCCAUGUUAUUUAGUGCUCAUGCCUUUGUUCUGCUCAUGAAGAUAACAAAUGUGUUUUACUGUAAUAUUUUGGUUUUGUUAAUGUCCAAUUCUUUAUUUCAAGAGAAAAUGCAAAGUUCUUAAUGAAUAUUCUCUGAUUGCCAUACUGUAUGUAUGUGUAUAUGUGGAUGCCAUCAUUCCUUACCAUUCUAUGUUACUAAUAAAGUGUAGGAUGCCUAAA